UCUCCCGCCCCGCGGGAACAUUAAACGGAGGCGGGAUUCCCAAGGCGCUCACUUUGCUGUCGGUGUUUUUUCUGAUUAAACGUCAAUUUAUCGCACAACUCGGUGCAAAAAUGGUUAGAACGAAAGCCGACAACGUCCCCGCAUCAUACCGGAAAGCCGUCGCAGCGUCGGCUCCUCGGAAGUCUCUGGGCUCCAGUUCAGCCAACGCUUCGUCCUCCAGCUGCCAGUCACCCUCACAAGCCAAGAACAAGUACGCGGGGGGGAACCCGGUGUGCCCGCGGCCCACCCCCACCUGGCAGAAGGGCAUCGGCGACUUCUUCGGCGGGCCGCCCCGGAAACCCGAGAAGGAGAACAGGAAGCCCGGCGGGGACGAGGAGGAGGACGACGGCGAGGAGGCGGGAGGCAGCGGCGUGUCCAAGACCACCAGGAGGAGCAGACCGCUGCCCGCCGAGGACGAAGACGACGACUGAACCGGCCCCUCCUCUGUGUACAUCUGUAUAUAAAUGAGUUCCCAGCUAGUUUUGUAAAGCUCAAUAAAGUUUUCUGUUCGUGUUUUUAAC